AUGAAAUUAGACGACACCAUCGACUCACUACGACAGGGCAAGCACAUCCCAGAAGAGACUGUGUACUCGUUAUGUUUAAAGUCUCAAGAACUUUUGAUGAAUGAGGCUAAUGUAACACACGUUGAUACGCCAGUAACGAUAUGCGGGGACAUUCAUGGCCAGCUGCAUGACUUACUUACUUUGUUCGACAAGAGCGGGGGCAUAGAGAAGAAUAGAUACAUUUUCUUAGGGGAUUUCGUUGAUAGAGGGUUUUACUCUUUGGAAAGCUUUCUACUGCUCCUGUGUUAUAAACUCAGGUAUCCAGAUCGAAUUACAAUGAUACGCGGCAAUCAUGAAACUCGGCAGAUCACAAAAGUUUAUGGGUUUUACGAUGAAAUUGUGCGAAAAUACGGGAAUAGUAAUGUUUGGCGCUACUGUUGUGAAGUAUUUGACUAUUUAUCACUUGGUGCCAUAAUUAAUGAUCGUAUAUUCUGUGUUCACGGAGGGCUUUCUCCAGAUGUCACCACGAUAAACCAAAUUCGAUCCAUAGACAGAAAACAGGAGGUGCCACACGAGGGAGCAAUGUGUGAUUUACUCUGGAGUGAUCCCGAUGACGUGGAUACCUGGAGUCUUUCGCCAAGAGGAGCAGGAUUCUUAUUCGGGAGAAACGAAGUAGAACAGUUUUUGCACAAGAACAAAUUCGAACUGAUAGCGCGGGCACACCAGUUGGUCAUGGAAGGGUAUAAAGAAAUGUUUGAUGGUGGAUUAGUGACCGUAUGGUCAGCACCAAACUACUGCUACAGAUGCGGUAACGUCGCAGCAGUUCUGCGAGUGGAGGACGAUUUGGACAGAAAUUACAUGAUUUUCGAAGCCGUUCAGGCUCAGGAUGGAGUGGGUAAUGCAAUAAUACCGACUAAAAAGCCUCAGAUGGAUUACUUCCUGUGA